AUGUUCCGGUAUUUAUUCAACUAUCAUCUUGUUGAUCCCAAGGAUUAUGAUUUCCUUGAUGAGCUAAACAACGGAGAGUUAAUGGAUAAGCUUUCUCGAGAAUCCAUUAGACGUUACAAUAAAGAUAAGGGUACGGAAUUUGAGUUUGUCAAAGUUGAGAAAGUCAAUUUCCAUGGAUGUUGUGGGUAUAUGUUUCUGAUCACGUUUCAAGUGUUGGAUCCGUCUGAUAAACAAGAAAAGACCUUCCAAGCUAGGGUCCGUUACACUACGCAUUACCCGACUGAAUACGUCUUUUUUGGCUGUGAUGAAACUUCCAAGGAAGAUGACAAAGGUGAUUGUGAUGAAACUUCCAAGGAAAGAGUCAAAGGUUCAUGA